AUGGAUGAAUACGACUACAUCAUCAUCGGUGCAGGCAUCAGUGGUCUUGUCUUGGCAAAUAGACUCAGUGAAGAUGAAUCCGUGAACGUCCUGCUCAUUGAAGCAGGUGCCAAUCGCAUGGGCGAUCCUCGCAUUGACACUCCUGGCCUUUUAGGCACGCUCUAUGGCAAUCCGGACUUUGACUGGGAUUACAUGAGUGUUCCUCAGGUAAAUGCGAAGAACCGCCAAAUUGGCCAGCCCCGUGGCCGUGUCGUCGGUGGCUGCUCCGCCAUGAACUUUGCAGUGGCCGUCUAUCCCACCACUUCGAAUUUUGACUCUUGGAAAGAGCUAGGUAAUGAAGGUUGGGGCGCGAAGGAUAUGGCCCCUUACCUUCGGAAAUUCCACUCCUACUCUCCACCAAGCGAAGCUACCGCAGAACUCCUUGAUACGACUCGGUACAUGAGUGUUGAAAAGCAGGGCUGUGACGGCCCUGUUCCAUUGUCUCUUCCGGAUGUGUAUGGCCCGUUUAAUAAAGCGUGGAACGAGACAUUUGCGCAACUAGGCUGGGAAACAGACGCCGACCCCAUUGAGGGGCAAAAACUAGGAGCUUUCACUUCUCCAUUGACCGUGGAUGCAAACACGGGAAAAAGAGGGUAUGCGGCGGCAUACUAUACCCCCGAAGUUGCAGCCCGGCCCAAUCUGCGGCUACUCACAGAGACAAUGGUUGAGAAGAUUGAUCUCACUCAAGAGGAGGGAGAGUUGGUCGCAAAAGGCGUCCAAGUCAAGACCCAGGACAGUUCAUACCAAAUCAUCGCAAAGAAAGAGGUGAUCCUUUGUGCGGGCAGUUUGAACUCUCCCCAGCUGCUUGAACUUUCUGGCAUUGGAGGCGCAGAUCUUCUGCACAGCCACGGCAUCCCAGUUCUUAUUGAUAACCCAGCAGUGGGCGAGAACCUGCAAGAUCACGCCCUCACCACUAUCAACUUCGAGGUUGCUGAUGGUCAGAUCUCGGGUGAUAUCUUGCGCGAUCCCAACGUUGUGCAAGCGGUCAUGAAAAUCUACGAGGAGACAAACGGUGGGCCACUGGCAGGCAUGCCUAUCAGCAUGGCCUAUCUCCCCUUCGUAGAUGGCAAUGGCACCGUACCCAGGGAAGAGAUUGAAAGGCUUCUGACCACAUACCUCGACAACGAGGACAUUCCAGCCAACCUACAAGUGCAAUAUACCCAGCUCCGCAACAUGCUCCUCCAGCCUGAAGACGCCUCUGCGCACUUCCUUUUCCUCCCCGCACAGCUCCAUAUGCAUCCAGGCAAGACAACACUCACCGAUGUUUUGGCCAAAACACUCCCAGAAAACUAUAUCUCGAUCAUGAUGUUGCACAACCACCCCUUCUCACGGGGCUCCGUCCAUAUCUUCUCCGGAAAGAGUGAGGAUAAACCAACCUACGACCCCAAUUUCCUGUCGCACCCGCUUGAUCUAGAGAUCAUGGCCAGGCAGAUGCAGUUCGCAGAACGAAUUGUUGAGACAGGGCCAUUUUCGACGCUCCUAAAGCCAGGGAAACGCAUGCCUGAGCAUGCAACAGGUCUCAGUGACCUAAAUCACACAAAGGACAUUGUGAAAGACAGGCUCUAUACUUGCUUCCACCCCGCGGGAUCGUGCGCCAUGUUGCCGAAGAAUAUCGGCGGAGUAGUUGACUCUAAGCUAAAGGUUUACGGCACGAGAAAUUUGAGGGUGGUAGAUGCUAGUAUUUUCCCUCUUGAACCGAGUGGAAAUAUUCAGGCUGCUGUUUAUGCAGUUGCAGAACGAGCGGCUGAUAUGAUCAGAGGUGGAAAUUAG